GGGGCCGGUCCCGGGGGCCCCCGCGGCCAGAGGGAGGAAAGGCAAGCUGCCGGCGGCCGGAAUGGAGCCGGGGGAGAGGAAGAAGCUCCCGUCUGCCUCGUCGGAAGGAGACCGGAGAGAAGAAAAUAAGUUAAAACAAGGAAUUUCCCGUGACUUGACUUCUUCCCCCAAGUUAGACAGAUACAAAAUAGCAAAACAAUUAACGGAAAAAGCAAUCAAGGAAAAGAAGAUUUUCUCCAUCUACGGACACUACCCAGUGAUCCGGGCCAUCCUGCGGAGGAAGGGCUGGGUGGAGAAGAAGUUCCACUUUCUGCCCAAGGUCACUCUGAACGUGGGAGAUGAGAGUGCAGGGACGACGGAAAAUAAAUGUGCCGAAGGCAAAGAAAAUGAAAACAUGGCUUUGGAGAAAACAGACGACAUCCAUGAUGUGAUGUCCAGGUUGGUAAAAAAUGAAAUGCCGUACUUCCUCUGGACCAUCAAAAGGGACGUCAUUGACUAUCACAGCUUGAACGGUGACCAGAUGCUGAAUCACUACUGGAAGACGGGCUCCUUUACCACCAAGAUCGGGCUAUGCUUGAACAUGCGGAGCCUGCCGUGGUACGCCCAGGCCAACCCUGACUCCUUCUUCCCACGCUGUUACGGCCUCUGCACCGAGAGUGAGAAGCAAGAAUUCCUGGACGACUUCCGGCACACAGUGGCCUCCAGCAUCCUCAAGUGGGUAGUCAGCCACCAGACCUGCGACAGGAGCAAACCCAAGAGCAGGAGGGAGGAGGCCCGUGACAGUGACCCCAGCAACAGGAAAGGUCCUGAGAACGAUGAAUCAAAGCUCAGAGGCCUCUCCGGGCAGCUUGUGGACACUGCAUGCAGAGUGUGUCAGGCCUACCUGGGGCAGCUGGAGCAUGAGGACAUCGACAUCUCCGAGGACGCCGUCCAGGACCUCACAGAGGAUGAGUGGAAGGACCUGACCCAGCAGUACUACGCCCUCGUCCAAGGCGAUGCUUUCAUCUCCAAUUCAAGAAGUCACUUUUCGCAGUGCCAGGCUCUGCUGAAUAGACUCACGUCCGUGAACCCUCAAAUAGAGAUCGACGGGCUUCGGAACAUCUGGAUCAUAAAGCCUGCAGCCAAGUCCCGGGGCCGAGAUAUAGUGUGCAUGAGCCGCGUGGAGGAAAUCCUGGAGCUGGUGGCUGCAGACCACCUCCCCACCAAGGACAACAAGUGGGUGGUGCAGAAGUACAUCGAGACGCCACUGCUCAUCUACGACACCAAGUUCGACAUCAGGCAGUGGUUCCUGGUCACCGACUGGAACCCCCUGACCAUCUGGUUCUACAAGGAGAGCUACCUGCGGUUUUCAACACAGCGCUUCUCCCUGGACAAUCUGGACAGCGCCAUCCACCUGUGCAACAACUCCAUCCAGAAGCACCUGCAGAACGACAAGGAGCGCAGCCCGCUGCUGCCCGGCCACAACAUGUGGACCAGCACCCGCUUCCAGGAGUACCUUCGCCGGCGGGGCUGCAGUGCUGUGUGGGGCAGCGUGGUGUACCCGGCCAUGAAGCGCGCCGUGGUGCACGCCAUGAGGGUGGCGCAGGCCCGCGUCGAGCCGCGCAAGAACAGCUUCGAGCUCUACGGUGCUGACUUCGUGCUGGGGCGCGACUUCCGGCCCUGGCUGAUCGAGAUCAACUCCAGCCCCACGAUGCACGCGUCCACGCCGGUCACGGCGCAGCUGUGCGCGCAGGUGCAGGAGGACACCAUCAAGGUGGUGGUGGACCGCAAGGCUGACCGCAGCUGCGACACUGGCAACUUUGAGCUGCUGUGGAGACAGCCUGCGGUGGAGCUGCCACCAUUCCACGCCUCUGACCUUUGUGUGGAAGGCGUCAGUGUGAGAAAAGCCAGGAAGCAAAUGCCGCCCAUUUCCAGCUUCAGUUGCUCAUCUUCACUCUCGGACAGUCAGCCCCUAGCAGUGAGGUGCCCCUCGGCCACGCCAGACCCGGCACCAGGACGCCCACCGACGGCCCCCCAGCAGGACUUGAAACUUAGAAAUGAAAAGGUACUUCCUUGCACCUUGCCUGCACCCUUAAAGAGGCCGGCCCAGAGAAGCCAUACCGUCCAGUCCGUCCACGCUGAGUCUGGCGGCAGGGUAGAAUUUCCCUCCUGUCAUUUUCAACACGCAGACAGUAAGGCCCUGAAAACCGGUCUUUCCAAAGCUGAGUCCAACCCACCCUCGGAUUCAGACUCAUUAGAUGUGCACCCACUGCUGCCCGUGCUUCCGAGCGUGAAGACGGUGGAGGGCACUGUGGCUCAGCCGCCCAGACCACCAGGUAACAGCACCUGUCCCAGUGUCUGUCUGCCUGGGGCUGCCUGCUCCACGUCCUCUGGGCCUCUGGUCAGGGCAGAGAGCGAGCGCCAGCCUGAGCCUGGACAGGGUUGGGGGCAUCCUGUCUCUGUCCUCGGCCGGCCAGGUUGUCAGGAUAGUGGGGGUCCUGGUGCAGCAGUUCCAGGGACCGGCUGAGCACCGGGGUCCCCUCCUCAGGACCAGGUGGGUGAUGGCCUUUGUCUUGCUCCCUCAUGGCAAAUGGGGGAUUGAGUUCGAGAUUUGAACAGCGCCAAGUGCCAUACGUGGGCCGUGGCCGGCAAUCACUGGGCUCCUGCAUUCAGUUUUCUCAAGUUCCUGAUGGAGCUGACCAUAUGUGGCCUGGGAACCUGUCCUGGCCCGGGGCUUGGAGCACAGAUAGACAGGUGUGGGGCAGCCCCGAGUCUCUGGGGGUGGCCAGGCCACGUUGACCUACACCCCAGUGCAGCUUCCAACGGUGUCUGGCCCCCAGCAGAGGCCCAGAGAGUGUGUGUGAUGAAUAGACACAGGCCAGACCCACGCCUCUGCCUUGCUCUGCCCCAGUGCACGUACUCACCUCCCUAGACACACCCGAAAAUCUGUACCUGCUGUUCCCUCCGCCCCCUCUCCUUGGCACCAAUAGCCUCUCUGCCCAUCUGUCUGCCUGCCCUAGAUGGGGAGUUCCUAAGGGCAUGGUUCUUACUGCUAUUUUCGCCACUGCGUCACGGCACCUGGGACACAGCAGGGGUUCAGUGGACGUUUGUUGGACCAUCGCAUGCAUGGAUUGCCCCUCAGAAUUGCGAGCUCCCGUCCUGCCCACCUCCUCACCUGUCAGCCCUAUGGCUUAACAGCUUGCCUGUGUGGGGAAAUUCCAGACUUUUUGCUUUUAUGAAACAAUGUUUCCUUUUUCCUAAUAUUCUGUGCAGCUUUCUGCAGACAUCUUCCUAGGAGUGAAACAUCGACAGGGUAUGCACACUUCAACUUGAUUAGGUGUAUUGGCUGCUGUAACAAAGUAUCACCAACUUGGUUUAAACAACUGAAAUGUAUUCUCUCACGUCUAGAGGCCAGAAGUCCAAAGUCCGGGUAUUGGCAGGGCCAUGCUCUCUCAGAGGCUGUAGGAAAGAAUCCUUCCUUGUCUCUUCCAGCUUCUGACGGCUGCUGGCAGUCCUUGUGUUCCUUGGUUUGUGGAUGCAUUGCUCCACCUCUGCCCUGUCUUCACAUAGUGUUCUCUCUGUGUGUC